AUGGUCGAGGAGCAAACCUCCAAAUGGAUGCUACACGUAGAUGGAGCGUCGAACGCCAACAGUGGAGGAGCCGGAGUAUGGAUACAGGGACCAAAGGGAGUCGAGAUCGAAGCAGCCAUUCGCCUGGCCUUCCCCAUGACCAACAAUGAAGCCGAGUACGAGGCGCUCAUACUGGGACUAGAGCUCGCCUUCCAGGCGGGCGCCCAAGAUUUGGAGGUGUUCACGGACUCUCAGUUAAUUGCUCUGCAGAUCGAAGGGACAUAUGAGACGAGGGAGAAAACCAUGACAUCUUACAAGGAAAUCGCUCAGCAGUGGAUGAAAAAAUUUGACAGAUGUUCGGUUUUGCAGGUCCCAAGAGCAGAAAAUGACAAGGCAGACGCCUUAUCCAAGUUCGGGGCCGCCAUGGAUGGAAUUGGAGAUCGCAAGAUCACGGCUCUGGUUCGAGCACGACCAAGUAUCGCAGGCGGAAGGGAGGUUCAGACGGUCGCAGAACCUGAAUCAUGGAAGGACGAAAUUGCCAAAUAUCUUAAAGACGGCACCCUGCCUCUUGACCCCGUUGCCGCUAAGAGAGUCAAAUUCAGAGCCACCCGAUUCACUAUGUUGUCAGGACAGCUCUAUAAACGAACAGUGGAUGGACCUCUCCUGAAGUGCUUAGAUGAGGAAAGAGCUCUAUAUGUUAUGCGAGAGAUUCAUGAAGGGAGCUGUGGUAACCACUCUGGAGCAAGGUCGUUGGCACAGAAAAUAAUACGUCAGGGAUUCUAUUGGCCCACGAUGGCAAAGGACGCCAAAGAGCUAGUGAAGAAGUUUGGUCUGCCUCGCAUACUAAUUUCUGACAAUGGGACGCAAUUUCAGGGGAAGAAGAUCACGGGAUGGUGCAAGGAGCUCAAGAUCGCACAGCACUUCACGGCAGUUGCGAACCCGCAAGCCAAUGGUCAAACGGAGGUGACCAACCGAACAAUCCUCCAUCAUUUGAAAACACGGAUAGACAGUAAAGGAUCAUGGGCUGAUGAACUACCAGGGGUCCUAUGGGCUUACAGGACAACACCUCGAACCGCAACAGGAGAGACGCCGUUCUGCUUAGUAUAUGGAACGGAGGCUAUCAUUCCAGCAGAGAUCGGGGAAGAGUCUCAGAGAGUAGCAAUGUAUGACCCCGAGGCUAACCAACAGGAACGAAGCUUUGAUCUCACCAUGAUCGAAGAAAGGAGAGAUGGGGCGUACGCAAGGAUUCUGCACCACAAAGGAUUGAUGAUGAGAAGCCAGGGUCGAAGGGUUCGACCGAGACAACUCCAGGUAGGGGACCUCGUGCUUAAAAAAGUCGAAGUUUCAAAACAUGUAGGUAAACUAGAACCCCCGUGGGAGGGGCCGUUCAAGGUGGUGGAAAUCAAAAAGAAAGGGACGUAUAGGUUGCAAGACAUGCAGGGGCGGAGUCUACCACGACCGUGGAACAUCCAGAACUUAAAAAGGUUCUACGCGUAG